AUGCCCAAAGCAACCACUCCUCCCCCGGCCUUUGCCGCUCUGAAGGAUACAGUGCUGUUCACCCCACUGAAGUUGGGUAGCAUCAGCCUCAAGCAUCGCAUCGUGCAAGCACCCACAACUCGCAUGAGAAGUGAGUUCGAGUCUCGCGGUGUUCAUGUCCCAGGGGCCCGUGUAGCAAAGUACUACGGCGAGCGAGCCAGUGCCGGGGGUCUCCAAAUCACAGAGGCCACCGACAUCUGCCUCAAUGCCAGCGCCUACCCCGGUGUCGCAGGCGUCUUCACCGACUCUCAGCUGCAAGGAUGGCGCAAGGUCACUGAUGCCGUCCAUGCCAAGGGCGGGUUCAUUUUUGUUCAGCUUUGGCACACUGGCAGAGCCUCUUCUGGCGGAAUGCGUGGAGGCGAAACGCCUAUCUCUUCGGGAACCCAGCCAAUGGAUGGGAACUACCUUGAUGGAACUGCGUGCAAAGAUGGUCCUCCCAGGCCUAUGACCAUAGAGGAGAUCCACGGCUUGACUGCAGAGUGGGCUGCGGCUUCUAAGCGCGCGGUUGAGGUUGCGGGUUUUGAUGGCGUUGAGAUUCAUGGGGCUAAUGGAUACUUGCUUGAACAAUUCCUCCACGAUAACAUCAACACUCGCACAGACGAGUACGGUGGAUCGAUAGAGAACCGCUCAAGAUUCCUUUUCGAAGUGUUGUCGGCCGUCAGUGCCGCCAUUGGCCCCGAGAAGGUCGGCGUCCGCCUUUCACCGUACAACUACUUCCAAGGCACAAGAGACAGCAACCCCAACAAGCACUGGUCAUUCAUUAGCCAAAAGAUUGCAGAGAUGUCAGAGACUGAGAGGCCCGCCUAUGUGCACAUGAUCGAGCCUCGCUUUGACGAAGUCCUCGAUGAGGAACAAAAGCUUGCCUCGCUGUCUGGAACCAAGUCCGAGGCGACACAGACGAACAAUCUGACACAAUUCAGGGACAUUCUCAAGCCAGCAGGCGUCCACUUCUUCGCCGCUGGCAACUUCAACCGCGACAAUGCUGUUACGAAGUUGAAGAGCGGCGAGGCGGAUGCGAUUGUAUUUGGCAGAUAUUUCAUUGCCAACCCUGAUCUUGUGGAGCGGUUGAAGAACGGGUGGGAGUUGAACCCAUACGACAGGACGACCUUUUACGGGGCGGAGCCUCCGGAAAAGGGAUACAAUGACUAUGAGUUUUAUAAGGUUGAUAAUGCGGAGGUUACAGCGAAUGCUUAG